CGUGUGGUUCAUCGAGAGGUCUCAUUGAAAAUGGCGGCUAGUCUAGCAGACGCUCUCAGCUGGCAGAUUAUGUUAUGGACUGGAUUAACGAUUGUUAUUGUUGGAGCAGUAUUGAAGGGAAUCAUGAAGCACUUUUUCAAAUCACAAGGAAACAGCAGGAUACCUCCUUUGUAUUCCGGGUGGAUACCAUGGCUUGGAUGUGCAGUUGAUUUUGGGCGAGCGCCUUUGUACUUUAUUGAUGAGAAACGGAGAAAGCUGGGACCAGUUUUCACACUUAAAGUGGCCGGAGAAAGGCUUACAUUUUUGAUGGAUCCCACAGAUUUUCACCUUUUAUUUCAGUCCCCAAAUGUUGAUUUCCAAAAGGCUGUACAAACUCCUGUUCAAAAUGUCGCAUCAAUUACAGAAGCUUCAUUCUUUACAUAUCACACAAAAAUUCAUGACACAGUUAAAGGGAAACUUGCUGCCAACAAGCUAAGUUCUAUAUUUCCAAAGCUUCAACAAAGCUUUGCAGAGGGGUUGGACAGUAUCAAGUCUAAAGAAAAAUGUGAGCUUCAUCAGCUUGUAAGGAAUGUAAUGUAUCGUGGAAUCAUAGACAACCUGUUUGGUAAAAACACCCUGCCAACCAUUGACAAGGAAGCAUUUGAAGAACUGGUACAACAUUUUACAAAAUUUGAUGAGCAGUUUGAGUAUGGUUCCAAGAUUCCACAAAUGUUUUUAAGGGAGUGGACUCAGUCUAAAGUUUGGCUGCUGAAGCUAUUCACCAAAGUUGUCAACCAGCUGGCAUCUGGCACUGCAGAAGAGGAGAAUACUGUUCUGCAGUCUCUUCUGGCAGUUGUUGAUGCAGAACACUCACCAAACUACAGCCUGCUGCUCUUGUGGGCAUCUCUUGCAAAUGCAGUCCCUAUCACAUUCUGGACACUAGCUUUUAUGCUUGCCCAUGAGCAUGCCUGGAAAAAAGCCAAAGAUGAUGUGGCGGCAGUUUUGGGAUCUGGAAAAGAAGUUACUGAAGAUCAACUGUUGAAAACACCUUAUCUGAGGUGGUGCAUUAUGGAGGCCAUACGUUUGCGUUCACCUGGAGUUGUAGCACGAAGGGUGAUUAAACCAUUUACAGUCAAGAACUACACCAUACCAGCUGGGGACAUGGUGAUGGUCUCCCCUUAUUGGGCUCAUCGAAAUCCUAAAUACUUCCCAGAUCCAGAUAAAUUCUUACCUGAGCGUUGGCAGUCAGCUGAUUUGGAAAAGAACAUCUUCCUUGAUGGCUUCAUUGCUUUUGGAGGUGGAAGAUAUCAGUGCCCAGGAAGGUGGUUUGCACUCAUGGAGUUGCACCUAUUUGUCGCACAAUUUCUUCAGCGGUUUGAUUGCCAACUUCUCAGUACAGUGCCUGAGCUGAGUCCACUGCAUGUGGUGGGCACUCAGCAGCCAACAGGACCUUGUCAUGUGAAGCUGACUCGCCUAUAACUAAGACUGAUGGCCAGUAAAGACUUAGGAUUUUCUAUGUCCGUUCAUCAAAAUGGAUGCAGUUUUCUAGUACCUGUGUAGCUGGCAUGGUUGAUUAUCAUUCAAACUGAUGAGCAACAUUUUCUCAUCUAAAUUUAUGUUUGAAGUCUCAAAAGAAUCAAUCAUUGUCUUAUGGAAUUCUUGGCACUUUUUCCUUAUAAAUCAAUCCUCGUCUUUCUCUUUCCUAACCCAGAUCCACCCCUUGGUUGUGUGUCCAGGCAUUCAAACCUGACUAAUAAGAUAAAGUAACCUGCAGGAACAAAAAGACAGAAGUGAAUUUGUCAUUUUCUUUCCCUUUUACAUUCCGCGCAGUUUUGUUAUUUUCCAUUUGGUAUGUUUUUUAAUUAUGUGUUAGGCUGAAAGAAAAGAUUUGUUUUCCAAUGUUACAACUGCAACUUUGAAAUGCAAAUCCAUGCCUAACUUGCACAUUUACAAAUGUUACCAUUAUGACUGUAAACAUAAGUAGCAGAAGCUGAAAUGAAAUGCUUCGGGAGUAUUUUGAAAGCAGGCUAUUUACCAGUAUAUUUUUUUAGAAAAUAAAUACCUCAUUUUUAUAGCAUUAUAAAUCACAUAGUUGGACUAUGAAGUAUAUUUUUAUACAUUUAUUUUGAUUGUUGACUUAUUCAUAUAUACAAUCUGGUGUUUUGAUUAAUAAACUCUGGAAUUUAAAGGAAAUGUGUUUCUUUUUGAUCAUGUUUAUUGUUAUUCCCAAUCGAAUUCAUGUUUAUCUUCAUUUUUCUUUUCAUUGUGUUCUUGUGCUCCUUUUCUCUCACUCUAUAAUUCUAUAUCACUCUGUAGUUCUAUUAUAAUUGUCCCUUGUCUCCAGUACGUUUUAGCGGCGGUCUUGCUGGGAAUGAUAAAUCACUCAGACAACUGUUCUUUUAAACAGAAUUCCGCAAAGAGAUAUUUUUCCAAUCUUUAUCUGGUUUGAGCAUUUGCGCUUAGUACAACGGAAGGUAAGCAGGAUAUAGAGGUCCACCUGUCUGUUCCCACAGGUUAAUGGUGUGCGUCCCUGCAACAUGACCCACUACGGUUUGCUGAUGCUGAUGUGGAGCAGCCUGACCACCCUGAGUGUCUUUGGUAACACAAUCGACCUUUUCUAUUGAUGUAGAGGAUAGUGGAGAUUAUCGAGAUUUCAGAUGACGAGUACCUGCCGUGAGGGUGUAUUCGUGGCUGGUCACUUCUGUCCCCAAGGUUGGGAGUCAUGGCAAGACAGAUGUUACCUGUAUGUAAAUCGCCUCUUGACUUGGUCAGCAGCAAAGGAAAUCUGCAAUAGCAGUUCUUCUUCCCUCGUUGAAACCGAAUCAGAGGAGGAGAACAGUUUUGUUCACAACAUGAUGAGGGCCCAUGGAGCACAGGUUGGUGUGUGGCUGAACAUCGAUGACAGGACCCAGGAGGGUCACUGGGUGUCGUC